ACAGAGAUUUAGCAUUAUUAUGUUGUUAAAGUUUUAAAAUACGAACAUUGACCACGUUAAAACGCCACUUUUUAGUAAAGACUAUAAGGAUAGUCCAGGUUGCAGAUAAAUCCCAUUUCUGCCGCGCUGUUUAAAAAAAUAUUAUAUUCGGCGCACGGACACCAUAGUGACAGCCGAGUUGCUAGGGAGUGCACUGUCCGGGUUGAAAUCUAAACCAACGCGGAGUGAUACUUACCUUGAAGCGGCAAAGAGCGCAACUGUGUGGAAAAUUUGAUUAUCAUAUCUCCAACGCGAAAUUGUUAGCAAUAUCAAAUCAACAUAGCAACAUGGCAGAUCAACUGACAGAGGAACAAAUCGCUGAGUUCAAAGAGGCGUUCUCGCUGUUUGAUAAGGAUGGCGAUGGCACCAUCACCACCAAAGAGCUGGGCACCGUGAUGCGCUCACUGGGACAGAACCCCACAGAGGCCGAGCUGCAGGACAUGAUCAAUGAGGUGGAUGCUGAUGGAAAUGGAACCAUUGACUUCCCAGAGUUCCUGACCAUGAUGGCGAGGAAGAUGAAGGACACCGACAGUGAGGAGGAGAUCAGAGAAGCCUUCAGAGUCUUCGACAAGGAUGGUAACGGCUAUAUCAGUGCUGCAGAGCUGCGUCAUGUUAUGACAAACCUUGGUGAGAAACUGACAGACGAGGAGGUGGACGAGAUGAUCCGGGAGGCUGAUAUCGAUGGAGAUGGACAGGUCAACUACGAAGAAUUUGUGCAAAUGAUGACUGCAAAAUAAAAUGUGAAACCCAAAGGACCCCUUCACCAAACAAGACCAAACCGUGGGCAGCACUCUGUCAACACUCAACAAGCAUUCAUGACCAUCCUCUUACUUUUUAUUUUUUUGCUUUGCUUUUGGUUGUUUUGCCCCCUGUCCAUUUUUCUUGAUUCAGGCUCAUCUGUGUAAGCUGUGUUUUCUUUUAUUAUUCCUCUUACACUGCUUUCUUUUAAAAUGUUAUGGUUUUCCUAAAAAACUAUUUGCAUAUACAGGUAAAUCUACAUAUACUAAUGGUGUCUGAACAAGUGAAAGAGAAGUGCAUGCUUUAUUUCUUUGGCAAUGUUUUUGUGCUUCUCUGCUUGCAUCCCUUUUCUAUUGUGCUCGCACCCCUUUAUUACAUGGCCUAUUCUCUUGCAACUUAAGGUUGUAGAUUUUUGCUAUCUUUUAGAAGUGCACAGAAUAACCAGUAUGGGAGUUGACAGGAUUAACAAAACAAACCCUAAUGUAUUUCCAUGCGCAUGUUUGGUGUAUGUGUUUUAACGAUAUGUUUCUUUGAAAUUGUGACAUUAUGUAAAUGUAUAUUUAAACAUAUGACCUGACUUAAAUGCAUGCUUACAAACUCAUUAGUUGGCUGCAAAGAUGACUGUUUGCGUGUAGAAAACAACAUAGUUGUACAAAGACCCCACUGUGCAGUGCUGUAUGCGUUUUGUCCAGACAUUAUAAAAUUGAUUCAACGGUUCUUGAACAUUUUUCUUAUACUAGAGCAGGUAUCUGUUUAGCACCAACAGUCUUGUUUGACAUGACAAACUAUGCCAUUUUAACAAUUAAUUGAUUCAUUUGAAAUGUGUAUUUGACUUUUGGGUAAAUAUUUAAGGCAUAACUGUUUUGACAAGUACGGAGUGGGUCAAAAGUGGCCAUGGACUUCAACCCUGCUCUCAACGUCAUGUACUAUUAGGACAUUCAUUCCCCAAGCAAAUGCCACUGAUAUUGUGGGUUUUAAAGGAACCUCUGUAUAAGAAAAUACAUUUUCCCCGCCUGUCCUGUUUUUUAAAUGUCACUUGUGGAAGGGUGAAUCCAAGUUGUUUGAGAGUCUGCUGGUUGUGGUUUUGUACCGAACUUGUGUGUAUGUGAUUGAAGUCUGUGUUGGAGUUGCACUAUGCGUCCGACCACACCAUAUUCAGCUCUACCACCUUUCAUGUUUUGCGUCCAUUUUCAGUUUCCCCCUCAUUUUUUUUUUUUUACUGUCAUGAAUGUUAUUUUCUUUCUGUUCAUGAUCUUUGUCUCAUUUUUGAAGACUUUGCCAGUUUAGCUGUCAUGUUCUUUUCCCCCUGCCCUUUAAAGUUAUAAGUUGUUUUGGGAGAAUGCGAGAUUAUGCAUUCCAUUGCUGAACUCAUGUCAGUUUUUUUCUUGCUAAUUAAACUCUGACAAGUGUUUCUAUA